AAUGAUUGACAGGCAAAGAGUUUUCCUGAUUGGAGCCGCGCUUUGAUUCUCACUGAAGUCUGUCAGGUAAUAGUGACAGUAUGUUUGUGAAAUUAAAGUUAAUUAUCAGUUAAUACAAUAAAAAAGCGUCGAGAAUUCCUGUCAGUCUGCACACCGAUCAGCUUUUCGUGACAUCUUUAUACGUGAAGGAGGACAUACGUGAAAUGAAACUUCCCUCGCCGGAACCGCGAGCAGGAAAGGCUGGAAAAAAGCGGAAAUAAACAUUCGCCUAAAAGAGGAACUGCAGUUAUGGUCGGAAUAUGAGCCUGCGAGUGUGUACUAGAAACAACAACAACACAAGCCGUGUGUGUGUGUGAGGAUGUGGAUCACUCCUGAAGAAGUUGUGCUGAAAAACGCGCUCAAGCUUUGGGUUACGGACAAAUCCAACGGUUAUUUCCAACUGCAGCACCGAAGAGGACACGGAGACACGGGGGGGAAAAUCACAGGUUUGCUGGUGGGCGCGUUGGACACUGUGUUGGACUCAAACGCGCGAGCGGCUCCGUUCCGGAUUGUUCUGCAUGUUCCCGGGUCGCAGGUCAGCUGGGUCAUAGCCAGCGGAGCCACGAUAGAGGAGGUGCAGAAACACUGGAGAUGGCUGGAUCAGAACAUUCUGCCGUACAUGGCCGUGUUCGAGAAUAAAGACGACGCGGCGAGUUUUGUACUGGGCAAAGUGAAGGGUUUAAUCGCUGAGGAGGUUCUGGGCGGCCCGGCUGCCGGCGAGGAUGACCCGGCACGCUUCCGGGAAGACCUGGCGCGGUUCGAGCAGCGCUUCGGUCUCCCUCAGCGAGAGAAGCUGGUCUCGCAUCACUCCUGCUGUUGCUGGAAGGGUCACGUCCCGCGCCAGGGCUCGCUUUACCUCACCACCAACCACAUCGCCUUCUACUCCUUCCUACUGGGCAAAGAGGUGAAGCUGCUAGUUCCCUGGGCUGAAGUGACGCGGUUGGAACGCGUGUCGGUGGGUUUGCUGACGGACGUGAUCCGCGUUCACACGAGACGGAAACAGAGGGAGUUCUCCAUGUUUCUGGAAGUGGACGAGGUGAUGAAGGUCAUGUGUCAGCUGGCUGAUAUCGCCCUUCGUCGACUGCUGGACAGUGGAGGACUCACGCUCGACCAAUCGCUGCAGGAGUCCACAAACAUCACCAAGAGGGUUUUGGAGGAACAGGCUCUCCGACAGUACGUGCUCUCCCUCUUUGGCUUGCCCCGGGCCGAGCGUGUACAGGAAGUGAUGUCAUGCUCGGUUUGGACUCCUCAUGCCCGCUGCCACACGCCGGGCACCGUCUACACCACAGACGGGUAUUUGUGCUUCAGUAGUCGUGAGGAGGGCCAGUGUACUCUCAUCAUACCCCUCGCAGAGAUCCUCUCCAUUGAGAAGGCUGAGAGCACCAGCGCUCUGCCCAACCCCGUCAUCAUUAGCGUACGGUGUAAGCGUGCGUUCCAGCUAAUCGAGCUGCUUCAUCGUGACCGGCUGGUGGAGAACGUCAGAGGACGACUGCGUGAUCUGCACUGGGAACAGAAUCUGAUACGUGGACACGACCAACGCAAGAAAUCCACGAUCUCCGCCACGCCGUAUUACACCUUCUGUUACGACACCGUCCAGUCAGACGAAGAAGACAACAGCAUCCUCAUCUCUGAUAAAGCUCUGCGUCACACGGUCCUCACUGACGCCCUCGUUUCCACAUUCCCCCCCAGUCAGUCAGACUCCAAACACACGAUCAGUAACACAGAGCAAGUCAGAGAGCGUUUAUGGGACGAUCACUUCACUGAGUUUGGUCGUGGCGUUCACAUGUUUCGCACAGAUAAGAUCCGCACGCUGGUGACGCUGGGCAUCCCGGAGUCUCUGCGCGGCGAACUCUGGCUCCAUUUCUCAGACGCGAGUUCCUCGCUGGCCGCUCAUCCACACUACUACGCUGAUCUGCUGGAGAAAUGCAGGGGCGAAACGAACAUCGCUACAGAGGAGAUAGAGCGAGAUCUUCAUCGUUCGCUCCCGGAGCAUCCGGCGUUUCAGAACGACACGGGAAUCUCUGCCCUGCGCCGAGUCCUCACCGCCUACGCCUACCGAAACCCCGCCAUCGGGUACUGUCAGUCCAUGAACAUCUUGGCAUCUGUGAUGCUCUUGUACACCAAAGAAGAAGAAGCUUUCUGGCUGCUGGUCACUGUGUGUGAGCGGAUGCUGCCCGACUACUUCAACCGCAGAGUCAUCGGAGCUCAGGUGGAUCAGUCCGUGUUCGAGGAGCUGGUUCGGGAGCGUCUCCCGGAGCUGUCGGCCCUGGUCCCGGACCUGGCUCCGCUGGCCUCGGCGUCGCUCACGUGGUUCCUGACGCUGUUCGUGAGUGUGUUGCCGUUCCGCAGUGCGCUGUGUGUCCUCGACUGCUUCUUCUACAACGGCAUCAGGUCCAUCUUCCAGAUCGGCCUGGCGGUGCUGGACGCUAACGCAGGAGAGCUGAGCUCGUGCAGCGAUGAUGGACACGCGCUGAUGAUACUGACCAGUUUCCUCGAGCAGGUCCGACACGAGGAGGAGUCACAUGACUGUCCUGAAGACACAGGAGCUUCUCAGCAUCUACACAUCACCACUCUCAUCACUGAUGCGUAUGAGAAAUUUGGGAGUGUGACGGUGAAGCAUUUGGAGAUGCUGCGGUGCCGCCACCGUGUCCAGGUCCUGCAGGCUCACGAAGACACCACCAAAGACAAUGCAUUGCGAUUGGUCACCCCAGACGUGUCACUGUCACAGGAAAACCUGUCUGAGCUCUACGACCUCUUCAAGACAGAGCAUUUCAUCAGUCUGUACUGGGGUGACGGCGUGUGCAGUUCCUCUGGUGUUUCUCCUGCGAUGGGCGUCUGUGCCGAACGCUACUUCGUGGACCGAGCUCAGUUUAAGAGCCUGUUUGAGCUGCUGACGCCCUGGAUCUGUGGCACACACACCGAUACUGUCGCCCAGCGCACCUUCACACUGCUGGACCAGGACAGAGACAACCUGUUAAACUUCUCUCAGUUCGUUCAGAUGCUGGAUGUCCUGUACUGUGAGGAGCUGAAUGAGAAGAUCAGGCUCCUGUAUCGACUGCACAUCCCACCAGCGUUGAGUGAGAAUGCAGAAGACUCGUCUCCUCUGAGUCCAGUCCUGUCCAGCACCAGACCUCUCUAUGUUAACCUCCCCAACGGUGAGAGUAAGAGUUAUGAAGAGCAGCUGCGGCAGAUGCUUCAGGACUUGAGCAAAGACAAGGAUGAGGAGAAGCCUCUUCCUCACAUGAACCAGCGGGAGUUCAUCCAGUUUUGUAAGACGCUGUACAGCAUGUUUCAAGGCGAGCCGUGUGAGGCCGAGCUCUUCCAGGCCAUCGGGAUGGUCACCAGUCUCGUCCUGCAGAUCGGGGAGGCUGGGAACCACGCGGAGGACGCCUCGAGAGACUCGGACGCCCACUGGUCCGUCAGCUUCGAGCAGAUCCUGGCCUCUUUGCUGACCGAGCAAGUUCUGGUCAACUUCCUGGAGCGGCCCGUCGACCUGAGCGCAAACAUCGCGUCUGCGAAGCCACGGCAGUAUCAGGAGCGCGCCGGGCUGCUCAUGAUCCAGCAUGCAACGGGAAGCUGACGAGGUCCAGGCGACGCUUUCACGGGUGCCUUGAUGUCGGAC